UAAUCAAAAUGGCUACCGUGCUUCAGCUUCUGCUGAAUAAUCAAGUGUCGGCAGAAGCACUCGUUACCUGGCUGAAGAACAAAUCUGACGCUGAUGAACUUCCAGGAGGAAUUGAAAGCACAGACAACCUUCGAACUGAAUUCAUUGCAUUUUUCUUAAACUUUCUGCGGGACCAAACUUUACAUCUUCUACAGAAUGCAAAAUCUAGUAACACAUCACCAGUUAAAACCCCAAGCUCCCACAAAGUGGAGACACCAGUACAAAAGCGAGCAAGUUCAAGUACAAAAAGAGUUCAGUUAUUUUCAGAAAGUCCUGCUGAUUGCUUGCGACCAGACAUUGAUCAUGUUAGUCCCCUUUUCUCUCCCAACUCUUCAGUUGAUUCUGCCCAUAUCUAUCAUCGUACUGGUGGUAGUGACAGAAUGUCUCAUAAUGACUAUCAUCACAGAAAACGAUGGGAUGGCGACACCCCAAAUAGACGUCGAUCCUCAUCGUCUCAAACUCCUGAAGCUCAACGUACGAAACAGAAGCUGAGUCUGGGUGAAUUUCUCCUGACACCAGAAUCUGGAAACUCAAGAAGACGACGAUCUCCCUAUUCAUCCCGAGAAGCUUCCCCAUCUCCAACUGCCCAGCCCCCCAAUCGCAGAGCCCCAGGGAGGAGGAAAGGGGGAUCGCCCCUCAUCAGAAGUAAUGAGGAUGCAAGAGAAAAAAGUUCUCCUGUUUUCAGCCUCGUCAACAUGAAUGAUUUUCCUCCAGUUGGAACAGCUGAUGAAAAACGAGAAAAAAGUGAUACCAAAAGUGGCCCAAGUAAAUCUCCUGAAGCAUCCAACCCUCGAAGAAUAGCUCUAACCCCUGUGGCCAAGGUGCCCCAAGAACCAGGGUUAUCUCCCUUUGCACAAGCUGUAGCUUCGGCUGAAUGCAUUGAUGCUGUCGGGGGAGGUGGUGACAGUUCAGGACCAAAAUGUGAACUUCCCAAAAAGAUAGCAGAAAAAUCUUGUGUCAGAUCUUCUGAAAAACGAAAACCACGGCGAAUUAAUCCCACUCCAGUGACGAGGCUUUCCAAUCAGGGAUCAUCGUCUCCCUUCUCUGUGUCUGUGAUGGAAGUGUCGCCCCCUGUGAAAGCUUCGGGGGAUGCAUGGAGUUGCAAAACUACCCAGCAUACACUUGUUGAAGAGAGGGAGCUACUCCGGCAAGAAAAGCUUCGUCGACAGAAAUUGAUGGAAAACGAUCCAUGCGCUUCUCCAAAAUCUGCCAAGGACCACGAUUCCGUUCCUUGUGUGACUCCAACCAAGACUGUCCUAGAGAGGAAAGCCAGUCAUAUAGAAUAUGUCCAUGCUGAUCCCAGUCAGGUGACGCACCGACAUGCUCUUGAUGUCAUGGCGAAUCUCUAUUCCAGGGCAUUGUCAGAUCAUCUCUUUCCCAACCUGACGGUGGAGCUGUAUUUCCUCACCCAGCUUCUCACCUCAGUGGGUGAGGAGGUCCAGGAAGACAAGGAUGUCAGUCAGGAGUCAGAUGAAGUGAAGUACUUCUCCUCAGUACACAAUGCUGUGUACUUUGCCAUCACUAUCAUGGAGAAACAGGUCAGAAUACUGAGUCAGUUGGACAAGAGUACUCUGAGGUUCCUGUCAGACAACACCAGAAUCACUGAGUUCUCCCCUAAUCUUCAACAUCAGCUAAGAGAGGCAUACGACAAGGCCAACACUGCCAGGAGUAUCCUGUCAUUCCCAAGGUCACCAAUAGGUGGCGUGUCAUUUCAGGCUGACACUGACAACAGGAAGAGUUUUCCCAAUGAUAAAUGCUUCCAUCAGUUCAAAAAACAAAGGGACGUAUUCUACGAACUGAUACGUGACUGGGAAGACAAACGCCAAAAUACUGGCUGGUCACUGGUGGAUGUUCAUGGGGAACGGAUCCGUUGGUUGGUUACAUUCCGCACAGAUCUUACCAAUCAUCUUCAUUUUGCCCGCCUCUUCCUAUCGCAGCUUAUUGUGAUGUGCAAAGGUGACAAGUCAGUGAGGUCUGACGGGGAGGAUGAAACAGUCACACUGCUCACGCAACUCAAGAGGACAAACCCAGAAAAAUUUAAGAAACUACAGGAGCGUUUCAUCAAACCCUUCAGUCUGGGUGGCCCAUGUCCAACACCAAGUUUUACAGGGUACCAGGAGUUUUUCCGGGAUUUCAUCACGGCUGCUGGCAAUGCUGUCUUCAACCAGCAUCUCACUAACACCCUUGUUGCCAAGGUUACUGAGCUGAACAGUACUGAGUUUGGAACUCCUGGCAGUGUUCGCGCCAAGUCGACCAGCUCCGAGACUGAGGAAGAGGAGGAUCAACAUGAGUUGUUUGCUUCCUGUUUGAUGACACUGCGGCUUCUGGGGAAAUUCCUGGGAUUUCUAACAUUCCUGCCAUACCAGACCACGGAACCACUGCCAGACUCCAUGAGGGUCAGCUAUGCUGCUCACAGGAACACAAUUCCAUCUCCUCUGGACUUUGUUGCCACAGUACAUUGUGCCGUCACCUGCCGGAGACUUGUCUUCACCAUUCCAUGGCUGGUGGAGUUUGCCUCCCAGAUGGACCCUCUAGCCCCCACAGUGCCAGUGUACCAGGGCUUCCUCUCCUGUCUUAGACAUGUUCUCAGCAUAGCCUGGGAGAGAGCAUCCACAAACAAGUGUUUCUAUGGAAAUCUGAUGGUGGUCGUGUUGAUAAGCUGGCUGUUUGAUACUCCAAUGAUGCCUGAUGGACUGUUCUUCAAGGAAGUAAGUGAAGAGGAACAUGGGACCGACAGGGGAGACACCAUACAACUCCUACCUCUGGAUGACCUUGACCUUGUGUCUCAGGAUCUGCUGUACACAUGUUGCCCUUAUGUUGCUGAGAUGCGCAACUUGAUGAUGGAGUUUGCUGUGGGGACCAACACUCGAGGUACCAUCAGGAAGAUCACCCCUACGGCUGCCAACACGGGGCAGACGGCAACAUUCACACAGAAACAGCUGCAGACUCAGCUAGAAGAGAAUUUCUUCCACAACCACCCGUCCUCUCUCAAACGUACUGUGGAGUUUGUAGGGGAGAGAACUGCAUCCAACUUCAUCAAACUGUUCCGAAGCUCCAUCCUCCCGAAGCAGCUGAUGGCAGCUAAAAUGAAGGUCAAGGACCUGAAGGAAAGACUAAAACUCCUGGACCAGGACAAGAGAAAAAUUGGUCUGCAGUCGGAGGAGGUGAACAGACUGGUGCCGCACAUCUACACUGAUCUCAAGACACUGGUCAAUGAGGAACAGAGAGAAUUUUGUCAGAAGAAAACACUGGCUGCACUGAAGCUGCUGUUGCCCGAGGAACAGUCAAGUUCAGUGGUUGCCAUGGCAGCAGAUAUCUCAAGUCAUCAAGCAGAAAGUCGAAUCACACAUUGGAUCAGCACCAAUAUCACUCUAGGUAUGAUCCAAACUGAACUUACAGGAUCCAGCAGCCGGAUCCUCUGUACCCACCUGUUGCUAGGCAACCAUAAUUCCCAGACUGACCCUGCCACAGAGAAGGCAGACAUCAGUCGACACAAGGAGAAUGCUCGUGGUCUGUCUGACAUCAUCUGUGACAUCAAGGAUAUGAUAAGAUGUCUACUGCUGUCCACCUCCACCCAGUUUGACCUGCCCAGCUGUCUGGACCUGCUUUCUGAGUCGAACACAGCCCUGGUGGAGAGACAGGAUCUUGUGCCACUUGUUGUCAAAUCCUUAGCUCAACUGAUCUUCAACCUAGCUCUCACAGCUGUGCUUGAACGGCCAGGGACUGUGUCUACAGACAUCUGUACAAGGUGCAUCAGUUUGUGGAAGCUACAGCUGGGAAAGGAGACAGAGUUUGAUGGGUUGUGUUACGCCAGAGUCAUCAACGGCUUGUCCAAAAGUCACAAAUCGCAGCAUGUCAGGUCCUGCUACACACAGUUUGUCAUUGCUCUCUUGGAGGAGAAGAUUAUCGAGCCAGCCACUUUCAGGGAUGCUUGCCAUAGGGUUAUCAAGAUCUCACAGUCAGCUAAUCUGGACUUGGUGCCUCUAGGACAGGUGGUUGGGGACAUUUUUCAGCAUUUCCACAAAACAGAAGCCAUGACUUCCUGCUUUUGUAAAACUCUGGAACGGCUGUUUCACAUCUCUGCUGAGGGCUCCCAACUUGCAAGGACAAUUCUACCCCUGCUGGACAAGUAUGUCCCAUUGAAGGGGGAGGAGGAUACGAAGCAUCCAGACAAAGAACCUCGAGAGAUUGAGGGAGGAGAAAAUGAUGUGUUCCUGGUCAACAAACGGGAUCGUGUUCCUGGUGAUGCUGUUCAUCUCCAGGAUCAGCCUGGUCAAAGGAAGGGCAUGGGGGCAGAUCAUGUCACAGAUGCUGAUUACGUAACAGAUGCAGAUUGUGUCACAGAUGCAGAUUGUGUCACAGAUGCAGUAGAGUUGUUAGAGAACAAUUCUCAGUGUGACAGUGUGGAAGAAAGUGAUUCUAACACAGGACAUUCAGGAAAUACAACAAAGAAACUCAUACAAUUGACAACAGGGAAAAAUCAUGUUGAAGCGGUGAAAUUUGUAAAACAAGUAUCAUCGGGGAUCUCUGAAUCUCAAGACGAGAAUGCAAACAGAAGUAAAGGUGCAAAGGGACAGAGUCUGAAAACUGAUACACCCAGCCACUGUCUGGAAACAUCUUAACCCCAUGUUGCUUGUAGAAUAUGAAAUCUUAUA